GGCAGCACACCUCUCCCGACCAAUAAUGUGAACAAAACAUCAGUCUGGAUCAGAUGUUUAAAAACUCCUCGUCGUCGCUUCUUUUUGCCACUCCACAUACACACGCACAUACACACGCACGCACGCACGCACUCCCCGCGAGGCUCCAUUCAUCCAGCAGGCUCUGCGGUCCGGUGUGACAUGCGGCAAUGUCCCGUGCAGGAAUAUGCCCACGCGUGAACUCUCGCGGAGCUUUUGGGAUUUUUUUGCUGGCGCUCUUAUUGGCGGCGAGCGCGUUCGAGGUGGGCGCGUACAGCUGUCAUGAGGUGAGAGCCGCCUUCCAGAUGAGGCAGGUCGGCCCGCUGCACCGCGUCCCGGAGACACCUGGCACAGAUGUGGAUCUCCUGGUCUGCAAGCACCAGGGCCCAUCUUGCUGCACCCGCAAGAUGGAGGAAAGCUACCAGUUUGCAGUGAAGCGAGAAACCCUCCACAACAUUUACUCAUACAGUUACGAGCUGAAGCACUUGAUCGCUGGUCACUCGGAUGCCUUCCAGGACAUGUUCCAGUACCUGCUAUCCUUCUCUCAAGGACACCUGAGUUCUCUUCUGGAAGGGACCUACACCCCGCUUUCUCAUCAAGCUUUGCCCCACGUUAACCAACUCUUUGCCUCACUCUCCCUUUACCUCCGUGGGGAAAAUGUGUCAAUGGAGGCGACAGUCCACCAUUUUUUCAAUAACCUCUUCCCCCUCGUCUACACACGACUUAUCAAUCCAGGCAUUGUAGGCAGCAUGGCGGUGCACACCGGCAUGACGGACUGCCUCCGUAUGAUCAGACAGGAUGUCAACCCUUUCGGGCCUCAUCCAGCUGUCAUGGCCCAGGAGCUAGCCGAUGCAAUGAGUGUGGGCCGACAAUUGGGCCUUUUCCUCGAUGAAGGUCUGGAGGUGCUGAACGCCACCGAACACAUCAGCUUGACUAAAGACUGUGUGAAGGGCCUGGUAAAGAUGGUGUACUGCUCACACUGCAGAGGCCUGACUCUCAUCAAACCUUGCGUGGGUUAUUGUCUCAAUGUUAUGCGUGGUUGCUUGGCCAGCAUAUCUGAGCUGGAUCAGCCUUGGAGGAGGUAUACCAACUUGUUGGAACAGCUAACUCACGCCAUGGUGGGGCACCACAGCCUGGAACUCGCACUGCUCGGAGUGCGGGGCCAUGUGAACGAGGCCUUGCUCUAUGCACAGCUUCACGGUCCACUCAUCACAGCCACAGUAGACAAGGUGUGUGGCCUGAUGACCAGGGCGCCUACCGGCAUGCAGCCUACCGGACCGGGGGUCACAACCCCCACCAUGAUGUCAUCAACUCCGCUUCCUUCUGCUGCCCCUUUCAAACCUCUGCCAGACCAGUGGCUCGGGCAGCUUGCCCAUUUGAGGAGCUCGCCCCCACUGAAACCCUCCAAGAGCAAUAAACAUAGUCUGAGAACACUCUCUAGGGACUUCCUGAUGUACUUGCAGCGCUACAAGUCCUUCUAUGCGGUCCUGCCAGAGAUGCUGUGCGAAGGGGAAAACGUGGUGGAUGAUACCACAUGCUGGAGUGGAGAUGAAGUGGUGGAGAGUUACACAGGCACAGUGGUAGGAAACGGUCUGAACGCACAGAGACAGAAUCCAGAGGUCAAAGUUCGCAGCGCUAACCCCUCACUCGCCGAUGUCAAGGAGAGGCUUGAAACCUUCAACCAGGAGACCCAGGAGAAAUUUCCAAAUCUGGGCCAGAUGGAGGCCUGGGAGGAGCUGGGCAGUGGUGAGACGGAGGGUAGCGUCGCAGAUUGUGAUGAUGAAGAUGGAUGUCAAGCCUCAGGAGACAGUCAAGACACAACCUUACACACAAAAGGCUCCAGUGAAGUUGGAUCCAUCGAGCCUAUAUUGGACAGUCCAAAGGAGAACCCAGCCAAGCCCCCCUCAGUACGGGUGAUAGGGGGCUCCCCGUCGGGCAGCUGGCCGGGACUCUGCAGCCUCGUGCUGAUCCUCGCUGCUCUUUGCUCACAAUGGACCCUGUUUUGAUGCCAAUGUGACUCGGUCUAUAAGAAACUGCAUACUGACUUUCACAUCCAACACACACAUCACUUAUGGACUCCUCCAUGUUGUUGGAUGACGGAGGAAAAGAGGACAACUGCAAGAACGUCUUGUUCUGGAGCUCGCCAAGCGUGUGUUUGCUCAAGCUGAUCCCAUGCACGCACACACACACAAACACACACAUCUUCAAACAAAUUCCCUACUGCUUCCUCUCGGCUCUUCUGUCCAUGAAAUGGGCGAGACAUGCGUGCGUACACACACCAACACAGCCUUGCGCUCUCAACACACCCUUGGCCAUUUAGAAGAGGACUGCGCCAUGGUGAUCUUACGAAGGCUUGCACAUAUGCCAAUACACUUUUUUUUUUACCCUACCUUUUAUUUUGCCAUCGCAAACCACUGCAUCAUCUUUCACUCAAGCAGAAGAGCUCAUUUAAAAACAUAUUUCCUGUGUGAGGAUUAUGGAAUGCAUGCUAGAUUACUAAAUCGGUUCCAGACGCCUAACCCAAAACGGCAGAUUUGAUAUCCUCUAACAGCUGUGUAUCUUGGCUCAGAUUAGAAUGUAACGCGUGUGCAGGUGAGCGCCCUUGCACAUGUGCAACUAGGUGUUUAUAGUAAGUGACUGUAUAUAGGUGGAAUGAUCUGACAGAGUGUACAAGGUUCAGAUUCGGCGUAAAGCUUGUAGUGACUGAUGGUGCUUUGUGAGCUGUUUAAAUGGAUUGUGCUCAUCUGCUCUGAAUGUACAGGGAUGUAUUUUCUAUGCAAAACUAAAAGCAGCGAGGGUACAAAGAAAGCCAGUAUGUCAUUUGAUUUUAUGAAAGUUUAGCGCACAUCCUCUUUUGUGUGUUGUAUUGUGGAACUGCACAUCCAUUCAUGCAUGAAGUGAAAAAUAUUGAUAUGAGCAGGAUCUAUGUAAACAAAAAAAAAAACAGACAUUUAAAAAAAUAAUUUGCCCAAAAUAUCUAACUGAUGAAGUGGAUCCUAAAGACCCUGUAAAGUGAAUUCAGAGCUUUGUUUCUGAAUACUUUAUUAUGUUUGAAGAUAAUUUUGAAAAACAUGCAAAGACUGGGAACGAUGUAGUACCAGUAUUGAAUUGUGGCGGUAUAGUGUUAAACUGUUUUUCACCAUUUCAGUUUUCCUAACGGAAGAAUGAGGGGAAAAAAAUAAGUCAAACAUGACAGCCAGCGUGUGGACUGCUGGCAUGGCCGCUUUAAAGCACCUUGUUAUCAGCUGCGAGUGGGCGUACGUUCCAGAGAGAAAGGCAGACACGCUAGGAGGAGAAAAAAAAGGUCUGACAGCCAGCAUGUGAACAGGGGCUUUGAACUGACAUGGUAGCUUUAGAGCGCCUCAUUGUCGCAGUGCGAAAAACCCCCGCAGCAACCCGGUUGGAUAUAUUCCAACUACCAGAGCCAUUACGCGGAUAUAUUUUCACAGCAAAAGCAUAGCUAAAGGCCUUUUCACGCCACACUUGGCAACGCGCCGUCGACAAACCCAUUCAUUGUGUAUGUGCUGAGGGGGCAUGAGCACGGAAUGCCAGAAAAUUUUUAAAUUUUUAAAUUUUUUAUUAUUUU